CGUCAUUCUUAUUAUCGUUCCGACUGCCUCUUCCCCAUCUCCUUCUCUCUCCUUCCCUCCACUCUCUCCUCACCAACCUCACUCACCACACCCUGCCACCAUCUGUUCAGCUACCGGGAACGCGUCAAUCCCUCUUUCAACGCGUAUCGCAGCCCGGAAAUCUCUCGCCUACCCAACACUACCAUCUCCGCAUCUCUCACCUCGGUGGCGCCCUGACGGAAUCUUGACGAAUUCUCGGCUCGCCAGGAAAUCUCGAUUCACCACCCAACUCACCCGUUCUUCGCCUCCACUCGUGUUUUCGCUGGUUUCAGUGCCCCGAACUUUAGAUUGCAACACCUGGUGCUCAGAAAUUUCGAUUGAACCAUUUCUCUGCAGCAUUGUGCAGGGUCCAGACUCGAAGUUUCCAACACCUCUUGCUUGACCGCAGAUCCUUCGUGAACCUUCGACUCCAGCUUCUACGCGCCGUACGACCACUCUCGGGGAAGACGGCGACCCCGGAAACACCACUUUCACGAUAUCUCACACUUGCAGCCACUCCAACCCUAGUUGUGGCGCCGUCAACAUGCCUCUAACAACCCCGGUUUUGUCCGUGGACGCGGACAAUAUUCACAAGGUGGAUACCGCAAACGCUCAGUCGCUUCAUGGAAUGUGGAUGGUUUUCUCAAAAUGUGCCGACUACAUGGACCAGGGCCGACGCCUGGAGAACCUAAGCUGGCGCCUCUGGACCCAUGAAACUUUCUGUGUCGAACACGAAAAAGCGAAGAACUCCUCCGCCAUGCCGAAGGUGCGCUCCGAGGCGGCUGACGUCCCGGAGCUCUCCGCCAGUAUUGAGUCGGCCGCGUCCGACCAAGCCGAGCGGAUCGAAGCCCACAUCAAGCGUCCUCAAUUCUCCGAUUACCGACCUGCCGUCGUCCGUGAAGAUUCCCUGGCGAGUCUGGGUCGUGGCAAGGAGAAGCACAUCACCUCGCUGGACUUGGAGCGCAUGGUUCUUAACAUCAAGGAGCGGAAGCAGUUGCAGCCACUGACCCCCGUGGUUCAGCCUGCUGCUCCAGUUGUCGACAUUACUCCUCGUCCCUCCACUCCCACUCCUGCUCCUCCCCCCGUCUCUACUGCUCGACAGGUUCCAACCUUCCCUCGUCCCACCCCGCAACCCUGUGAAUCGACCGAGUCUUGCUCCACCACUGCCCCCGAAGGCAACGAUAGCGACUCAGCCAAUGCCACGGCAUCUGAUACUAGCGUCUCCUCCUCUGGAGUUCUCCCCAGUCGCGCUGAGUUGAUCAAGUCGCCCAGCAUUGUCCGCGGCUUCUCGCCCUCGCACAUCUCCUCUUCGUUCCGAUCGCACACCAACCUGGCAGCCAACUCGAGUCCCUCUGCUGCAACAGUCCAGCAGCUCAAGCCUUCCCCUCUUAAGAAGAAGGGUGGCGUGUUCACACUGGGUGGAUCCUCUGGUGACGACGAUGAAAGCUCUUUCGAAGAUCGCAUGGGCCCCAAGGCUCCGCAGAACAACACAACUGCUGGUGGACUGAAGCCGGCAACGAGCAACCCUAGCCCCUCUAAGAAGGUGGCCUCCUUCAGCGACCACGUCGACACAAUCCGACCAUCGAAGAGCCCUCUUCGCUCCGACGAGGACGCCAUCGAAACUGACGACGAGGUCUCGGAGAGCGCCAUUGAGGAUGACGAGGAUUCGGACUGGGAGGACUCGGUAACGGAAAGUGGCAAUGCUAGCGUGGACGAGCGACCGGAGCUUUUCCAGCGAGUCGAUUCGCGCCCGAACUUGGUCUCUCGUCGGUCGCUUCUGACUAUGAUGAUGCACCAGCCAGCUCGCAUGCAAGGAAACGCUUUCCGGUCCAGUCCAGCACUCCAGCGAUCCCGUUUGACAUCCCCCAACGGUCCCUCUAUUCCAGCUUCUCCCCCAGAGAAUGAAGAGGAGAGUCUGACCAUGCGCGGUCCCGACGUUCCUCGAUCAAAACCAAUUUCCGCUGCCCAUUCACCUCGCACCACCCGUCGCAACAUGCUUGCGACCGAGCUGACCGAGUCCCUUCGCCGACAUCUUCUCUGGGAGCGCCAGCAGAAGAGCGCGACCGCCAACGCCUUCCUUAAGCGCCGUCACACCGCACACGAUGUGAAGAACCUCCAGGAAUACCCUGGACACAAGGGACCACACCGGGUAACGGGCGCGGUCGGCUCAUCCGCUGCUGGUGACAGCCACGCUCGCGAUAAAGACCUUGCAAAGAACGGCUCUUGGACUAACUACACCACUGACUAUGGACCAUGGGAGUACCACGUCAAGGGCUGGUAA